UGUAAAAAUAGGCAACGGAAAAGUUCAAUUUUCACCAAGAGCACAGGCCUCGACCACAAAAAUAUUACCACAGGUACGGACGAAAUAUAAUUGUUAUUUAAAAAAUACUUGCUAUUUUGUUGUCGAGGCAUGUGCUCUAUACGAAAUUUCCGUUGAAAUGUGGCGAAACCGGUGAAAAUAUCCAGAAUAGCCGUUCAGUAUCAAGUUACCCCUCGCAGUUUUCAUACAAAAACUCAAAAGAUUUCAUCAGAAUAUCUAGCAAAUAAGAGAUCAAUAGUUGAACUUACAGAAAAUAUGGAUUUUAUCAAAAAGUGUUAAAUUUUAGAAUUCGUAAUUUUUUAGGCCGAUUUCAAGCUUUCGUGGUCUUGGCCCUUUGUCGUUAUGAAAUAUUAUUCUCUAGUUUCAAAUCUGAUGACUGUACGUACGUGCACUGAUGCCGAAAUAUUGUAUUUUGGCUGUAGUAUGUGAUGAGCAUAACUGCGUUACUGAGGCGAUCGAAAUACAUUUAAACAAUUUACCAGAACAAGAAUCUGUGUAAUUCCCGUCCGUGUUAACGCCAUACAUAAAGCAGGUGAGUGUGACGUGCGUACACACCCUUGUAUUAUUGUGUUCAGGAAUUGCGUUACUGUUCAGGUUAUUUACAUUUCAUUGUUGAUACGCUUAUGUUUUCUAUACUAUUUUUAAUCGCUAAAUACUAUUAUUUUACUUGAAUUAUCGGGUCUUCAAAUCAAUACUUUGCAUGUGACAUAUAUUAGGAAAUAUCUUUAUAAAGGUGUACUCUAUUCAACUUAUCUCUAAAACAAAACAUUGAAACAAGGCCUAAUUGGAAACUUAUCAAUUGAGUGAAUUUGUGAAUAUUGACGAGAAAAGUGUACGCCGUAUUUGCAGUGGAAAUAUUUUACAUUCAUUUAUCUGCGAGAAAACAAGUUUUACCCGUGUGACAACUGAUAGAAGGACCAUGUGUGGUUCUGGGAGAGUCAGGAGUGUUAAUAUCAUUCGGUUCUUUAUGAACUAUAUACUUCUUGCUAUAUCUAUAUAUUUGAUAAUGUUAUAUUUAUAUUCUGUGAAUUCCUUUACUUUCAUGAACAAGAAUGCGCAACUUCAAAGUGCUGUAAAUAAUGGUUUUGAAACCAAUAAACUGCAAAAUAUUCGACCAAAUUUACCGAAGAAGGAAAGUAUAGGCAUUUUAAUUCCCUCAACAACAAGAAUGAUGAAAAAGCCAAACAUAAGUACAUUCACUUUAACCAAGCACUGUUUACCUUCAAUCACUGCAACUUUUCAAAAACAGUAUACCUAUAAUAUUUAUAUAGGCGUUGAGAAGAAUGACUUUUUGCAAUCACAGAGGACUGUUAUUGAGAAAAGUUAUGAACGUGUAUACAUUGUUACAGUCCCUGGACAUACAUUUACAGCAGCAACAAACUAUAUUGCAAAUCGAGCUUUGAAAGACGGGAUGGACUAUUUUGUUCGCAUAAAUGAUGAUACAGUAUUUGAAACAUUUAACUGGACUUCUAUUGCUAUCGAGAAUUUAAAGAAAUUAAAUCCACCGAUGAUUGGUGUGGUAGGACCUAUAUGUAAGGAGGGAAACAUCGCGAUUUUAACACAAGAUAUGGUCCACCGUACACAUGUGGAAAUAUUCAAGUACUACUAUCCGCCAAUUUUCGAUAAUUUGUGGACUGAUGACUGGAUAACAAAAGUGUAUAAACCUCUGCGUUCAAAAAAACUGACUAACUGGCAAGUUAAACACCUUAUUAGAGCAAAUGGUAGAAGAUAUGAUGCAAAUAGAAGUCAAGAAUCUCUUCUAAAAGGUGUCAUUGAAUCAGAUAAAAAACGAUUAAAAGACUAUAUUUCUGAAAUAGAAAAACAUAUAAAUAAUUCAAGAUAUGGUUAUGUGAUUUGAGGAAAGAAAUUUCACAAAUGGAAUAGUGUACUUCUUUCAGAGAUCUUUGCCUUUACUUUUACAAAUGGAUACAAUUAAUCAUCAGACCAACAAAUGUAAGGCGUGAACUUGUUUUAAAAUAUAUGCAUAUUUAAAACCUUGUAUGCUAAAAUCUCUGACAAUGUAGCAAUUCUGUUUUGAAAACUGUUAUUUAAGGGUUUUAGUGCGUUUCGGCGUGUGACUUUACGGCAAAAUAUGAAAUACAAAUAGAGAAAUAAUACUUGUUUUAAGAAUUGUAUAGCAGUUAUACAGACAAAUACAACACACUUAUUAUUGAACGAAGGAUAUGGCGCAUAUAAUAUACAGAAUAAAAGUUGUUCUGUUUUGCUAACGCUGCAUAUUAUCGCAUUUGGAAUCAUAGCUUAACGUCGAUCAUUGUUUUUGGACAGGCCAAGGAGUUGUGUUGGCGCAUCAGCUUUUAGCUACCAGCUUAAUUAUUGCAAACACUACCUACUACCUUACGAACGUCGUCGAGUGUCACUCGGUAUAUCAAGAACACGAUGGGGUAUUAUGUCUUUAGCUGUGUCCACAAAGAUGUCGAGAGGAUAUGAAUUUUGUCUACCUAUUGUAGUAGCUGCUUGGAAACAGUUAGGAUGGCAUUCAAUGAUAUUUUUUUGUAGAAAGUUCAUAUGUAUGGAAUACAUCAAACAUACUCUAACUUGUAAGAGACAAAACCUUAGAUAUAGACCCAACUGCGUCAUAAUCCUUUGCUCAGGUAUCCCGGUUGUUUGCUAUAUUGUUCGCACCGUAGAUAAGACCAAACGACUUAGUUAUGACAAGAGAUAUUGAUUCAAUUCCAAUGAAAAUGAACAUUUUCGACGAAGUUGAAAAGGCAAAUAUAUCUUAGCUAAUACAGAUUGUUGUGAUUCGUUUAUACGGAAUAAUAAAGCAAUGAGUAUGCAACCAACGUCAUACGUGGCUAUGAGUGCAAGAAACUGGCUCAAAGUGAUAUUCGACGACCAUUUGAAAAAGAUGAAACACAUGCUCAUUAUAAAAGCUCUUGGUUAAUCAGAAUUAUGGAAAGGUUAUCCCUUCUAAAGAUGUUGUAAAAGGUGGAAACACAGUAUGAUUAUUAGAUCAAAGGGUUGUUUCGAUUCAGCUCUAAAAGACAAAUCUAAAAACAUACAAACGACCUCAAAGAACCUUAUAAGAAAGAGCUGACUGGGCUAGAGACAAUUCUUGGAACAAUUUUUAAUAUUGUAUGGACGCACAUGUGUAUUAUGAUUCAUUUAAAGGCACUCUGUGGAAGAAAACAUUCCGUCUUACCACUGAUAUGUUUUCGGUGGAUUUCUCAGACAAAUUAAAAGUCAACAGAGAUCAAUUUGUCAAAUACAUAAAUUACUCGACGGAACUGUGAUCAACACGUCAUAUUUUGCUUACAUCAAGUCAAUCAAGCGGAGAAGAACGAAAAGACGCAUAAACAAUAUUUUCGUUUACAGAACGUUUCAGCAGUUGAUGCAGUGUGUUCCCGACCUACACUGUUGUGUACAUAUCAUUUUUACGAAUUUAAUCCUGCCUUUCCAUUCAUUGUCUCCUUUUUCGUUAACCGAAAUAAAAUUAAAUAUACA